AUGCCUACUGAACAUGCCUUCGACUUGUACACCAAGUCAGCGAGCAAGAAAAAGUCUCACAGGUGCCAGUCUGGGGAGGGCUGCAGUAAUCAACCCGCGAAGAAGCCUCGAACAGACGACCCCCAUGCGUCUACUCCAACAAAGGAGACAACUCCUCCACCAGCUCCUGCCAGGGAGGCGACUCCCCCGACUCCAACAAACCCAAAUCCUCCAUCUCCGGUCGGACAGACUCCUCCUCCAGCUCCAAUCGACCCUAUGCCUCCAACAUCGACCGUCCAGCAGUCGGCUGGUUGUCGGGAAGAAGCCUCAGGAGACGACCUCACAGGCGUGGUGCUCAACUCAGCCAAAGAUAGGCUAUCGAAGGGGGUGCUUAUCCUGACCUCUGGCUGGCGUUUUUUGAGAACACAGAAUGCUCAGUUUGAGAAGAAACUAAGCGAUCAAAUUAGUGCUGCUGAGGCUCAAUACACCGAGCAACUCAAGGCGUCUGAGGUUACUUAUGUCAAGCUGCUGAAGGCAAUCGAGGUGAAACAUUCUGAGGACCUCAAAGAGGCGAAGGCGAAGCAUACCGAGGCUCUUAAAAAAGCCGAGGCGAAGCACCUCGAGGUGCUGCAAGUGACCGAGGCCACAAUUGCUUCUCUCGAAGAGGAGCUGAAGAGGAAGGAUGCAAGUAUUGAUAAGAUCACUGCAUCCAAGGAGCAGUACAAGGAGGUCUCGCUCAUGAAUUAUCGGGAAGCCCACAAGCUUCAAGAUGAGCUAGCAAUAAGCCGCCAAGAGGUUGCUGCUUUAGAGGAACAGAACGCCCGCAACCUUGAAGACUAUGAGGGGGCAACGUUCGAGUGCUUCUACUUGUUCUGGAAGAAUAAUACCACUGCCAACUUUUCCUAUCUCCCAGACCAUAUCAGAGAGGCGGAGCUGGCUAGGUGCAUUGCUCGCCUGGAGGAAGAGACAAUUAAAAGGUCUCCAGAAAUUGCUCUAGCAACCGGCAUCGAAGGCGCCUGA